GCCGGCAACAUGCAGUUUAAAUAUUUCGAGAUAGAGAAAAUAAUUCUUUGUACUCUUGCUUGUAUCCAAAUCUCAAGCACUCAAAAACCUCGAUGUUCAACUUUCGCGAUGAAUUUCUUUGGGUCACUUCACGAAGAUCGAGCGAAGCCCCUCUGGGAAAUUGAGAAGGAAUCUAUUGGUAUGGUCAUGCACACAUGUUUUCCUAGAUGUGAGAGGGACCAGCAAUGCGUCGGGGUCGAGAUUUGCACGAUACGACCAGACUUGUCACGGUGCAGGGGAUGUUGUGAAUGGUACGUGAUUGACAAAGAUGGAGGUCUCCCCAGAAAUGCUACUGAUGGCUGCAAAUAUUUUGAACUGAGCAAAGAUAGCGUGGAAUCAAGAGGAACCAGAUUGUCCGCAAACUCAAACUUGACAGCAGUAGCAAGUUCCACAUUAGAGCUGACCAAUAACAAUUUAGUUUCCAAUGUUCUUGAUGGGAUUCCCGACUGCAAUAUAAGUAAUGUAUACAGUUCAAAUUUUGAACCAAAUCCAUGGCUAGAAGUAACACUGCCCGGGACAAUAACGAUUUGGAGAAUAAUUAUCUACAAUGGUGUAUAUGGUAUUGGUGUCGGUUUGGUCAACUUAAACGUCACGUACAGUAACAACGAUGUCACCAACAUCUGCGGCUUUUAUCCGGGUCUUUUGUCACAUGAAGGUGAUUUAGUUUCGUUCUACUGCCCACCGAAAGCUCGUGCUACUACAGUUAAAAUGCAAGUCCAGUCCAAGCCGGGGCAACUUAAUUUUCUAUUUUCGUGUGAGGUUGAAAUUUACCGGAAAGGUUAAAUUCAAUCCAAUUCCAUUCGAUCCAAUCCUAUUUAUUGUUCCUUAUAUUGAGCAUCUGUAAGGUCUUACUGUUAUCAUACUCUUUCUUUUUGAUGACUUUUUAGCUCACCUGAGCUGAAAGCUCAAGUGAGCUUUUCUGAUCAAAAUUUGGUCGUUGUCUGUCGUCGUUGGCGUUGGCGUUGUUGUUGUCGUUGUAAACUUUUCACAUUUUCAUCUUCUUCUCCAGAACCACUGGGCAGAUUUCAACCAAACUUGGCACAAAACAUUACUGGAUGAAGGGUAUUCAUGUUUGUUCAAAUGAAGGGCCACACCCUCUUUAAAGGGGAGAUAAUUUAGAAUUAUUGAAAAGUUGUAGGUAUUUUUCAAAAAUCUUCUUCUCAAAAACUAUUAGGCAAGAAAACCCGUAACUUGUAUGGAAACAUCCUCAA